AUUUUGUAAAGUGAAAACGAUAGGGGCAAGAUCUGCCACGACUCCAUUUUAACUGGUCGCCGCAGCCUCCGCCCGACGCUGCCGCUUCCCCGCGAUCUCUCUCCCGCUCUCUUCUCCCCACCACCACCCAAGUCGUCGUCUCCGUCGCCGGCCGCCAUGGCUCCGGGCCUCUACACCGACAUCGGCAAGAAGACCAGAGAUCUGCUCUACAGGGACUACUGCACGCACCAGAAGUUCACCCUCACCACAUGCACCCCCGAGGGCGUCGCAAUCACAGCUGCAGGAACUAGGAAAAACGAGUCUAUCUUUGGCGAGCUUCAGACCCAGCUUAAGAACAAGAACUUGACAGUUGAUAUCAAAGCAAACUCAGAGUCAGAUCUUCUGACAACAUUCACAGUUGACGAGUUUGCAACUCCAGGGCUGAAAUCAAUCCUCAGUUUGGUUGUUCCAGACCAGAGGUCAGGGAAGCUUGAACUCCAGUAUCUCCAUGAAUUCGCCGGUAUCAAUGCAAGUGUUGGGCUGAACCCGAACCCUAUGGUUAACCUUUCUGGUGUAUUCGGAAGCAAAGAACUGUCAGUUGGUGUUGAUGUUUCAUUUGACACGGCAACUAGCAAUUUCACCAAGUACAACGCUGCUUUAAGCCUCACGUAUCCGGAUCUUAUUGCCUCACUCCACCUGAACAAUCACGGUGACACCUUGACUGCGUCUUACUACCACUUAGUAAAGUCACAUUCAAGCACCGCUGUUGGAGCAGAGCUGUCCCACAACUUCCCAAGGAACGAGAGCACAUUGAUAUUUGGAUCACAGCACUCAUUGGACCCGCACACCAGUGUGAAGGCACGCUUCAACAACUAUGGCAUGGCUAGUGCCCUUGUCCAGCAUGAAUGGCGAGCCAAGUCACUCGUUACCAUCUCCGGCGAGGUUGACACCAAGGCAAUUGAGAAGAGCACAAAAGUUGGUCUGUCAUUGGUGCUAAAGCCUUGAGAUGCACAGCUGGGGCCCUAUGUUUUGAAAAAAAAGGUUCAGUUCUGCUGGAUUGGAAUAACAUGGCCCCAGGUCAUCUCUUCGUGCUUUCAUUUUGAUCUUGAAUUCCUCCUUUGUCCACAUAAUCUGUUUCCUAGGCAAAUGUUAGCCUUGACCUCCUCAUUAUUUUGAUUUGAUCAUCAGCGCCUGUCAAUAAUUUCUGGUGAUUAAGACCUAUUGUGAAUCUUGUCAAAUGUGACAGAUUGGCGGUUACAGACAGUGUGUUCAAUUCAUUCAUUGAUGCCCUUGUUCCAGUUGAUCCA